CAGGUCAACAAUUACUAGAGAAUAGAGAAUGGGGCUGUACAAAGAUAGAGAUUAAAAUGGUCACAAAGAGAAGAUCGUCAUGGAAGGUAAAGUCUUUAAAGAACCCAAAGAUCCAGAGGUGGUUCCUGAAUCUGAAAGAGAUAAAAGAAAGGACUGUUCAGCCGUAAGACUCAAGGAAAUCAAAAUUGUCCUCAGAGACAUACAGACACCAAAGUCUGCUUGGCCAGGAGAGCAUCUACAGAGCUUAUGUGAGACUUGUAAGCCAAAGGAAAUACAUGAGCUAGCUGCUAAAUCUGAUGUCAAGUACAAGAGGGGCAACAGAAGGAAAAGUUGUGACGAACUGCUCAAUUCCUGGAAAGCACCAACCAGAAAUCACCAACUGCCAAAACGGCUCCAGGACUUUGUUGUAGACAGGACUGUUUUGCACUUGAUUGAAUUCAGUAAUUGGUAUAAUAUGGGGAGAGUCGCCAGACAUUGUAAUUUGCAUGUAAAAUCUAAAUGUGUGCCAAAGCCAGAAAGUAGUCCUUACAAAGGCUCUUCGAAUACAAGGAGGACCUAUCAGAAAGAACAAAUAUCGUAUGACAAUGAAAAGGUGAUGAGACCUGCAAGUAAGACGACAACAAAGCACAGAGGCAGACCUAAGAAGCAGUUGAAUGCAGCACAAACAGUGGCAGCAGGUCUUCAUAAGCACAGAGGCAGGCCAAAGAAAUGUGAAGAUGAAGUGCACAUACAUACAGUUCCAAGUUCUAAAUCAGCACUCAUGAAGCCAAUGGGUAAAUGUAAAUCUCUUAAGAAGAUGAAGUUACCAAAAUCUCCUGUAUCUGUAAAGUCAAAUCAUAGAAUGAUAUCCAGGAAAAGUCAAGAUUUACAAAUCUCUGAACAAGUUUCUAAGCAAAGAGGCAGACCCAAGAAGUGUCAGGAUGUAGAUCACGGUGUGACAAUAUCUCAGUCAACUCCUGCGAAUCAUCAGCCAAGAAACAAACAGAAGUGUUUAGGGGAUUCAAAACAAACUAUGCCAGUUUCUCAAUCAUGUCCUAUAAAUCCUAAGCCAAGAGGUAGACAUGCAAAGUGUAAGGAUUUACAACAAAUUGUGACAGUUUCUCAUACAGGUUUGGGAAGUUCUAGGCUAAGAGGCAGGCCCAAGAAGUCUAAAGAUGCAUCCAAAUCUGUACUCGUUCCCAUUUCUGUCUCAUCUUGCACUGAACCAAAGUAUCAAUGCCAAUCAGAGAAAUCUAAAGGUGAAAACAACAUGGCUUCAGGUUCUGCUGCAGGGCCUAAACAACUACCAGUAAGCAGACUUAGAAACAAAAGGAAAGUACAGAAGACAGAGACUUUGUCUUCAAAAAGUGAUGGUCCAGUUCUUAAGUUUCGGGGUCGGCAAAAGAAAUGUUCUGUCUUGCUCAAGGAUGGGAAAAUUAAUUUAGAGCACAAGAUACCUGAUAAUGCAGAGCAAUUUAGCAAGUGCUCUAUUAGGUCUAGGAAACGAAAGUUUGAUGUCUUCUCAUCAAAGCAGAAUCUGCUUGCAUCUACAGGGACUACUCGAGGACUUGUACCACUUGUCAAUCCAGACUUCAGUAUAGAUGAAAACAACCCAUGCACAAUGAACAUCAAUGAAUACCUUACCCAACUUGGCAGUUACCUUGAACCAACAGAUCACUGUGAAACAACGACAGAGAGGAACGUGAGUGAAUCCGGAGAAGGAUUAUGUGAUGAAAACAACAAUAUAAUCAUCAUGGAUUCAGAUGCAUUACAGGAAACAUUCCCAUCACAAUGUAAUAGAGCUAUCAGUGAUGAAGGAACAAUAUCCACAAGGAGAAAGGAAGGUAAAGGUGAAUCACAGUUUGGAAGUAGUGGCAGAAACCUGGUCACUGAUACAAACAAUAACCUGACCAUUGAAAAGAACAUAAGUAUGACCUUUGAGACAAACCAAAACCUAGUCACUGAAGCAAACAAUAACUUGGUCACUGAAACAAACAACUUGGACACUGAAACAAACAAUAACUUGGUCACUGAUACAAACAACAACCUGGUCAUUGAAACAAACAAGAAUGUGUCUAUUGAAACAAACAAGAAUCUGGUCACUGAAGCAAACAAUAACUUGGUCAGUGAUGCAAACAACAACCUUGUCAUUGAAACAAACACUGACCCAAAAAAUGAUACUGGGACGCUACGAAGUGAUAGUGUUGUCAGUGACAUCAGUUUUCAUACCAAACAAGUCUCAAAGCCCAAGAGAUCCAUAAGAACACAGGAAGAUAAAGUACAACUGCAUUCCUCAAGUUUGAACCUUAGGCGUAGUGAAAGACUUCGCCUGAAGGAGAGCUACCAAAGGUAUAAACAACUGUGGACUAAUACUGGCAUUUGUAGAAAGUCUGAGAAUAAUUCACAGAGAGAGUCGAGCAUCAACCUAGAAAAACUGGAGAGUAGUUUGGAUGAUGAUCUCCUACAUGAGUUUGUUGCCAUGUGCCCCCUGGAAAGCGAUAUACCUCUCUCAGACAACGACUGCUUCUCUUUGCUUGCGGAAUCUCCUAUCUUUACUGGCAUUGAGUUAGGAUCACUUUCAGGGUUUGACAUGCCCAUUGAGGAGGAAACUGGGAGCAAGACAGUGGAUGUCAUACAUCCUAGGAACCCUCCAAAGGUGAAACGUAAUAUCUGUGAAUUUCUCCUCAAUGAACGCUCCAUUCGUUCGCUAGCUGACCAACUGAUCCACUCUCCUCACCAUGGUCCUGGAGGUGGUGCGGUUGCUCUUCGAGGUUGUAGGAACCCUGCAAGAUCGUGGAAGAUGGGUCCAGGAUUUGGACCACUGGUAGAGUGGCAGGUGCUGAUUCUCAGGAAGAUUGGCUUGGAAAUGACGGGUGAGCUUGAAGAUGUAGGAAGGAUUCAUGAGAUGAACAAUCGGUCACAGAGCAGGAGAAGUAAUAAAAUGGUCAAUAGGUCACCGAGGAGGAGCGUUGAGAUAGUCAACAGACCACAGAGCUGGAGUGAUGGUAUAGAAGAUAGGUCACAGAGCACACCAGUUCCAGGUAAUUUAAUGAAUCAAGAAUCAGACAGAAGGGGUCCGCAAAAUAUGCCACGAGAUCGGAAGUUCCACUCUAGAAAGGAUCAAAGAAUUGGUGUUCAGGAGAUCUUGAAGCUAGCUCAUCAUGGCUCACCUUUGUUAGUCUUCAUCCACCCAGGAGCUCAGAAAAGCUACCAUGCAGUUGCUGAGGUGUGGCUUCCUUCUUUUCUAGUCGAGACCAAUACCAACAGUGUUUUCUUCAUGCCAAUGGGAGAAUGGGAUGCCAUAGAGAAAUGGUGGUGUAUCCAAAAGGUCCUGUGGAAGAGCCGUGUGGAUGGUAGUUGGCAUGUCAUCAGUGCGGCUGAAGAAGAAUUCAUGGAUGGGACAUGCUUCGUCCCUGAGGAAUCUUGGUUAAGGAGUCAGGGAGUCGGAGAUCAAAGAUGCAACAGGAUCUACCAUGUAAGGCAACCUCCAAGAGGUCCUGGUAUGUAUGGGUGUCCAUGUCCAGGAAAUCCUUCAAGAACACUGUACCUCAGCACAGAUCAGGAAGCAUUGGAAAAGAACCUGAGGAAGCAGAAGCAGCAGCAUUUUGUAUCCAUUCCUCCAGUUUGUGAACAUAGUUUCCUUCAACCGUGCACCGCAUGCCAUCCAUCUGUCCUGUGUCCUCAGGUCAUGGCAACAUCCACUGGAUUCAACCAUGUCCCAAAUACGAUCCUUGGAAGCACCAUUCGUGACCUGAGACCAAGGCUGGUUCCAGUGUUUGAUCAGCCACAGGAACAUAAAUCUUGUGAAACCUUAACUGCCUGUUCAGUACCAGGAUACCCUCAUCUCCCUGAUCCAGUACUGCAGGGAGUCUUCCAACAUCAAGGCAGCAACAUCUAUGGCACAACAGCUCACCAGGUCACAAACGGGCACUUCAUUAGUCUCGAUGGUUACAUGGCAGUGUCACAUGAUCAUAAUUAUGAUACAAGAUCAGAUAUCCUGCCAUUGGGAAGACCACAUCUUGCAGAGAGCAUGGUUUGUGAUGGCUGCAGUGAUGGCCUUGGUUCAAGGAAGAGUCUUGAGAAGACAGUGUUGGCAGGAAAGACCAAGGAAACAACUAAUCUACUAAGUGACCAGUCAACUCACAUCAGCCACAGCAACGACAACGACAAUGGCCACCAUGAACUGGUAGGACAUGGAGCAUUACUGCAGAGUAACCAAUCCUCAUACCCAGUUAAAGACAUCAGCAUCAACAGUAACACCCUCCAAACUGAACUUCCAGAUGAACCUUUGCAGAAUAACCAAGAGUCAAGAACAGAUAUCAACAAUGACUGUGGUCCUGUUCGUUUGCAAGACAUAAACAAAAGUAAUGAUCUGAUUAGAGAGAAAGUCUUCAAGACCCCGCCCUCAUUAAGCAAAGCAUUAGAUCAGAUCAAGGCAUGUGAAGAUGUGUCUUUAGUUGGAAAGCUGCUAUCAGAGUGGUGUCGAUCAGGUUUGUCCUUUAGGAGAGAUAGAAAGAUCUUGGAAACAGUUGCAAGGAGGUUGGAGAUGGGAGCAUGUUACCAGUCUUCUCAGAACUUCUGUGCAUUUGUUGCAGGGUUCCAUGCUGCUUCACUAAAAGGCAACUAUGCUGUGGAUUAUGAUGAUGAGUGCAUUCUGGUCCAGCUUGGCUUAUCUGUCGUCUCUCGAUGUUUGAUCCAAGAACAAAAUGGAAACCAAUCAAGGGACCAGGUAGUACCAGUGCAAGAUGACCCACAUCAGUCUCAGAACCGACCUGUACAGCUUCUGGACCAACCACACAAGGUGAAUACACACCAAGCCCAGGAGCAAGUUUUGCAGGUCCAGGACCAGUCGAUGCCAGCAAAGACCCUUUCUACAUUUAUUCAAGGUCAGUGCUCUCUUGCACAGCUCCUGGAUCAGCCCUUGUACAACACCCCAUCAAAUGAAGAUGAAAACCUCAUUCAGAAUCAAGAUGAGUUGGGGCCAAUUCAGACUCAAGACCAAACAAUACGGGUCCAGGGCAAGCAGGGAACACAUGUAGUUGAGACCCUGGACCAAACUACACAGAUUCCUAAUUAUUCAUGGCUAUCUGAGACUCAAGAACAACCUAUGCAGGUCCCAACUGAGGCCCGAAAGCUGACCAUGCAGAUCCAGGACCAUUCAGGGACUGCUGAGACCCAAGACAAGACCAUAAUGGUACAGGAACAAGCCAUGCAGGUCCAGGGUCAUUUGGGCACAACUGAGAUCCAAGAUGAAUCUAUGCAGAUUCAGGAUCAGCCAAUAGUUGUCAACCCUAGGGAGGAUGCCUACUGUGUUCUUCAGAUGUUGCACCAUCUCAAACUCCCUUUAACUGAAGUUCUAGCAUCUUUGUCAGAUGUAGCAUCUCAAGAUGCAUCACCAGGUUUCUUGCAUAGAUUUGACUGUUCUUCUUCUACUGUACAGGAUGUGCUUGGUGUGUUGGCAGACUUUGAUCCUUCCAUGGCUUUCACUCUUAUUCAGGGUCUUGGAUGGGGCCAUACUGUCAGAGAAAUCUCCAAAGAGGAUCGUUCCUUUGGGUCACAACUUCUUGCAUUGGCCGAGGCACUACUUGACUGCAAAAAGUUCUGGCAGUGUCGAGUGCUUCUCUCUAAUCUCAUCGCGUAUGAUGGUUGUAGAGAUGCAUGUAAACAGCUUUACAGCAAUCUCCUAGGCAAGAUCAUAGAUACAGAAAGAGAUGAUGAGUUAGCCAUGAUGGUGUUUGAAGAAAUGAUGGAGUCUUAUCUAGUCAUUCCUGCACCGAUCAUCAGGAAGCUCUUGACAAUUAUGUGGCAGAGGAUAGAUUAUGACAGGUUAGAGGAUGCCCUAUGUGUGUUUCACUAUGGGAUGGGUCUUGGGGUCUACCCCAUGUACAGGAACGUCAAGACUGAUCUAUGGGAAUCAACAGUAAUGGUCGGAGCUACCCAUGCAGAGAUUUACUUCUGCUUGAAGACACUCCUGGAUGAGGUCCACCACCAGAAGAGCCACCAGGAUGGACAGGUGAAGGAUGCUGGCCAGAGAGAUGGAGCAGGAAUUGGUGCUAAUAGUGUCAUAGAUGGUGGUAGGGAUUUGAUAUUGAGGAAGUCUGCAAGGUUUGCCGGAAAGGGACGGUGUGGAGCAAGGAAGCAGUCUGUGCAUCAAAUGAAAGGCACUCCCAGAUUACUCAAGAAGAAAGGAAGGACAGUGCCAUCAGCAUGCUAUGUUUUACCAAAGGAUCAACCCAGAGGCAUGAGAAAGUCUAGGGCAAAUACUAAAGUCAACAUCAAGUUGAUGGACUUGCAGCAUGUCCAACAACAUGGCAUCUUAUCUUCAGAAGAGUUCUCCAAGUUGGUGGACACUAAGUAUGCCAUCCAAGAAGUUCUUGAAAAUCACUUCCACCCGUUAACAAUCAAACCAGAUGCUGUGCCAUGGAACAGCAAUAGGAGAAAGAAAUCCUACACACUUACCAUCAACGAAGAUGCCUUACACAGCUGGUUGAGUUCUAAAGGGAGGAGUGACACUACUUGAAUGAUCAUUGAUUGAUUCACAGAUUUCAACGUUAAUAGGAUGAUCUUUAGUCUCUGGAGAUGGUUGACUUUGAAAGAUGUCAUUGAAGAAUGCUGUAUGUCAUGAAAAGAGAAAUUAUGUGUGACCUGUCACCCCAAAAUUAACAAUAAGUCUCCCAAAAUAAUUUUUGAGGUUUUUUUUUUGCUUGAAAAAGCACAUCCUAUUAAAGCUCUGAAAAUGAGAUAUAAAUUGUCAAAAUAAAAAAAACAUAAGUAACCCACAGAAAUUCUUGAUUGAAUGUAGAAGAAAUUCAGCGAGAGCUUCAAUUUGUUCAAAGAACAAGAAGAAUAUAAGUUCACUCAAGCAUGAGAAGUGCCACUUUGUUAUCUUGAAGUUUCCAAGCAGUUAGGAAAAAAAGUGAUCUCAAGAAAUCUUUUGUAUCUCAUGUUUUAGUUUACUUUACAAUUUUAAAUUUUGACAGAAUUUAUUUUUCUGUUUUUCAGAAAAGCUUAUUUUCAAUUUUUGUCUCGCCUGCAUAGUAGAUCGAGACUAUAGGCACUGCUUUUCCGACGGCGAUGGUGUUGUCAACAUGAAAAUCUUAUAACCAUGGUUAAGUUUUUGAAAUGAAAUGUCAUCAUAUAACUUAGAAAGUAUAUCGACCUAGUUCAUGAUACUUAGACCUAAGGGUAAUAGUGUAUCACUUAAGAUCCUGCCUUAGUUUUAGGUCACAUCACCAAGGCCAUAGCUCACAUAGGGUCAACAAACUUUGGCCAUAUGUUGGAAGUAUUUGUGGAAUUGUCAUCAUACUUUAAAAUUUUAUGGAUCUAGUUCAUGAAACUUAGAUAUAAGAGCAACCAUGUAUCCCUGAAUAUACUGUGAACAUUUCAGGUCACACGAACAAGAUCAUUUAAGGUCAGUGAACUUUGGCUGUGUAGGGGGUAUUUGUUGAAUUGGCAAUCAUAACUUAUAAAGUUUAUGGAUCUAAUUCAUGAAACAUAGACAUAAGGGUAAUCAAGUGUGAAUGAUUGGUUUGUACACGACUUUGGUCACAUGAUCAUGGUCAAAGGUCAUUUUGGGUCAAUGGACAUAUUAUUUUAUUAUUGAAUGUUUUCUUUUGUGAAUAAUUAUUCAACAGCUGUUUUCAAAGUCAGCACUGCUGCUAUAUCGAAUCGCGUAAUGCAGGCAAGACUGCCAGAGAUGUUCCUCCUGUUUACUUUCGAAGACCAAUUUGCUAUUUUUGGGCUAUUUACAGAGAACCUUCCUGGCUACUUAUGUUGAUUUUGGGGUGGCGGAUCACAUAUCCUUCUGCAGCAAAUGUGGACAGUGCCAAGAUGUUCUGCCAGUACGAAAACAGCUCUCCCAAUUUAGGUUUUAUGACCAUGUUACAAAGGAUAAGACUAAAAAAAAAAAGGUUUUUGAAUUUAUUCAUGUAUAUAUUUAAUUCAUGGUUUUUUUUUACCCACAAAAGAGCUGAAUAUGAGAUGUGGACAGCAACAAAGGAAUAGGAAAUGUGAUAGCAUAUGAAAGGUACAUAAUUCUGAGUUGCUUUUUAUGUGUAAUCAUGACAUUAGAAUUUGGUUUUAGUUCACAUUACAUGUAGGUUA